CGGAAGGACCCCGGCGGGCAGUGAAUGACGUCAUCUCGGCGCGGCGGGAGGACGGGAGGACCCGGCUGGCGCGACUAAACAGAACGAGAAACGAAACCGGACGAACCGCGCGGCGCCCCCUGCCUCCAAGACCUGGCGAUGACCUGAAGAAUCACAGAGGAUCUAUAUGACAUCUGAGACGUCGCACUUCCUGGCCGGCCCCUCCAUGUUCUGUUGACAAUGAAGAGAAGAGCGGAACGUGAUUUUCAGAGCAGCGCUCUGACUAAACAGAAGAAACGUAUUGAAGAAUUGGGCCUGAACCUGAGCUCCACCUCUGACGAUGACACCCAGUUCAGCAAUCAUGGCACCCAGGAGUCUUCCACUAGCGGGACCGGCUCGGACAGUGAGAGCGAUGAGAAGAGACCUGUGUUUGGGUCGGGGGAUAAAGAUAAAACGGAGCCCCUCUCAGAAGGCACAUCAUCCCGCUACUCCAUGUUCAACAGCGUCUCCCAGAAACUCAUGGCCAAGAUGGGUUUCCGGGAAGGCGAGGGUUUGGGGAAGUACGGCCAGGGCCGGAAGGAGAUUGUCGAAACGUCCAAUCAGAAAGGGCGGAGAGGUCUCGGGUUAAUCCUAAAAGGGUUUGAAAAGGAACUGGAUGUGGACUGGAGGAAUGCGCCUGAGGCAACAGCCUACGAAGAAGUCGAUUGGUUCCCAGAAUGUACCACCGAGAUUCCAGAUAAUGAUGAGAUGAAUGAUUGGCUGACAGUGGGCAAGAGGAAAAUGAUCAUAGAUGAUGAGACAGAAUUCUGCAGACAGCAUCUUCUGGAAAGCUUGCUGGAAUGUAAGAGUGCGUUUGAUGAGCUGGAGGGGGAGGAGAUGAGGAGGGCGAGGACGCGAUCCAAUCCCUAUGAGAUGAUCCGAGGGGCCUUCUUCCUAAACAGGGCAGCUAUGAAAAUGGCGAACAUUGACCACGUGUUUGAGUACAUGUUCACCAAUCCUAAGGAUUCCCAGGGGAAGUCGCUGGUCAGAGAGAAGGACUCGGAGUUGUUGUACUUCGCAGACGUUUGCGCUGGACCGGGCGGCUUCUCCGAAUACGUGUUGUGGAGGAAGAAAUGGCACGCCAAAGGGUUUGGCAUGACCCUGAAGGGACCCAACGACUUCAAACUAGAAGACUUUUACGCCGCACCCGGCGAACUCUUUGAACCGUAUUACGGUGAAGGAGGAGUGGACGGCGAUGGAGAUAUCACCCGCCCAGAGAACAUCACCGCUUUUCGGAACUUCGUCUUGGAUAAUACAGAUCACAAGGGUGUUCACUUCAUGAUGGCCGAUGGGGGGUUCUCGGUGGAGGGUCAGGAAAACAUUCAGGAAAUCCUCAGCAAGCAGCUUCUCCUCUGUCAGUUCCUGGUGGGACUGUCUGUAGUGCGGACCGGGGGACAUUUCAUCUGUAAGACCUUUGACCUGUUCACCCCGUUCAGCGUGGGACUGAUUUACCUGCUGUACUGCUGCUUCGAACGGGUCAGCCUCUUCAAGCCAGUGACCAGCCGGCCUGCUAAUUCCGAGAGGUAUAUUGUAGGGCGCGGCUUGAAGGCGGGCACAGAUGACGUGCGCUUGUACCUGUUUCAAGUAAACCUUCGCCUUAACCAGAUGCGUAACUCUGAGCAGGACGUCACCCUGGUGGUGCCUUUGGAGGUGCUGAGAGGGGACCGGCAGUUCCAUGAGUACAUGGUCCGCAAUAAUGAGAGGUGUUGCGAGGUGCAGAUCAAAGCUCUGGGUAAAAUCCAUGGUUUUGUCCAAGACUCGGCGCUGAAUGAGCCCCGCCAAGCAGACAUCCGGAAAGAGUGCCUGAAGCUCUGGGGGAUUCCUGACCAGGCUCGUGUGGCUCCAACCAACAUUGACGCAAAGAACAAGUUCUAUCAGCUCAUUCAGAGCCGGGAUAUUGAAGUUUAUAACUUCAAGCCGACUCCCCUCACGUCGAAGACUCUGGAGAAGAUUAGUCAUGUGAUGGAUUAUCGGUGUAUGGUGUCCGGAAGUGAGCACAAGUUCCUCUUGGGUUUAGGGAGAUCCCAGAUCUACACCUGGGGGGGGCGGCCUGCAGACCGGUGGACUAAAUUAGAGCUGAAAACCGAACUUCCUCGAGACACUCUUCUGUCUGUAGAGAUUGUUCAUGAGCUGAAGGGGGAGGGCAAGGCUCAGAGGAAGAUCAGCGCCAUUCAUAUCCUCGAUGCUUUGUUUCUCAACGGUAUGGACAUCCGUCCUCAGCAUUUCAACCAGAGGAUUCAGCUGGCGGAGAAGUUUGUGAAGGCCGUCUCCAAGCCCAGCCGUCCCGACAUGAACCCCAUCCGGGUGAAGGAGGUGUACAGGUUAGAGGAGAUACAGAAGAUAUUUUUAAGGCUAGAAAUGAAGCUCAUUAAAAGCACCAGCGGGAUGUUACGCCUGUCCUACACCAGCAGAGACGACCGUCACUUCGUACCGACUGGUCUGUAUAUAGUGAAGACUGUGAAUGAACCCUGGACGAUGGCUUUUAGCAAGAGCCACAAUCGCAAAUAUUUCUACAAUUUGAAGACGCAAAAGUCCCAAUUCGAAGUCCCUUUGGAGUCCAUCGCACCAUUUCACGUCUGUUUCUCGGAGCGGCUGUUUUGGGAGUGGGGAGACGGCGUCCAGAUCCACGACUCUCAGAAGCAGGACCCCGGCACAGACAAGCUCUCCAGAGACGCCGUUCUGGACUUCAUUCGCACACACCAGCCUUGCUCCGCCGGGGGCAGAGAGGAGAGGUAGUCCUAACACAGAGGGGGCAUCUGUACCGCACGGAGGGAGGUCCUACCCCCCUCCCCCUCCCCCUCCUCCUCCUCCUGGACUUUGGUAACCUUUUAAGAGACUUGAGCCGUGAGCCCGGAGAUUGCGGAGGGAUCUCCUAUCAACUUCCUUACAGAGGCCUGAAUUGCACUGCAUAGAGAGAGAAAAAAAAGAAAAUAUAUUUUGUUUUGCCCCUGGUGUGGCUCCUCUUCUACUUUGUUAACAUUCUAUUUUUUGAUGAAGGGUUUGCUUUAUUUUUUUGAUUUUUUUUUUUUUUUUUAGACUUCUAUUCGUCUUUGUUAUGACUCGUUAUCACUCUGCGGUUUUGAAUUUUCGCUAGGUAUCGGUAAUCUGGUGAUUGGACUUGGGCCCCAAGGGAUGACCAAUCGGUGCGAGUCCGUAAGUCUGAUCCUUUUCUGUGUCCCUCCCUCUGCAGUGGCCCCGCCCACCCCCAGUGACAUCAUCUCAUAAUAAAGAGACGCAAUAAGUA